UUUGCACUAAUCAGUAAUCAAGUAUAAUCAGUUCGGUUUCCGCAUUUUGAAAGAGGCAUGAAUAAGUUGUGUCCAGUGUGGUUUUGACGUGAGAUGCACGGACACAGCGCACGCAGAACAUGUGCACAUCCGUGCAGGGCUUCGUACUUGUAGAACGCAAACCUGUUCGUCCAUGUCGCGUUCUCCCAGACAUCCGAGCCGUGUCGAUCGCGUGAGCUGCCAUGGCCGGCGAACUCGCGUUCUAUCUGCUCCUCGUAGGUCUCGUUGCCGUGCCAUUGCUCAUCUUGCUCGGCUCCGAGCGGCGCACGGCGGCGAGGACGCGGCUGCCGCCGGGGCCGUGGGCGCUGCCGGUGGUCGGCCACCUGCACCACCUCGCCGGCGGGCUCCCGCCGCACCGCGCCAUGCGCGACCUGGCGCGGCGGCACGGCCCGCUCAUGCUGCUCCGGCUCGGCGAGGUGGAGGCCGUCGUGGCGUCGUCGCCGGACGCGGCGCGGGAGAUCAUGAGGACGCACGACGUUGCGUUCGCGUCGCGGCCGGUCGGGCCCAUGUCGCGGCUCUGGUUCCAGGGCGCCGACGGCCUCGUGUUCGCGCCCUACGGCGAGGCGUGGCGCCGGCUGCGGCGCGUCUGCACCCAGGAGCUCCUCAGCCACCGCCGCGUCCAGUCGUUCCGCCCCGUCCGCGAGGACGAGCUCGGCCGCCUCCUCCGCGCCGUCGACGCGGCGGCGGCGGCCGGGACGGCGGUGAACCUCACGGCGAUGAUGUCCACCUACGUCGCCGACUCCACGGUGCGCGCCAUCAUCGGCAGCCGCCGGCUCAAGGACCGCGACGCGUUCCUCCGGAUGCUCGACGAGCUGUUCACCAUCAUGCCCGGGAUGAGCCUCCCGGACCUCUUCCCGUCGUCGCGCCUCGCCAUGCUCGUCAGCCGCGCUCCCGGCCGGAUCAUGCGCUACCGCCGCCGCAUGCGCCGGAUCAUGGACAGCAUCAUCCACGAGCACCAGGAGAGGAGAGCCGCCGCCGACGCCGCCGGUGACGACGACGACGACGACGACGAGGACUUGGUCGACGUCCUCCUCAGGCUGCAGAAGGAAGUGGGCGCGCAGUAUCCUCUCACCACCGAGAACAUCAAAACCGUCAUGAUGGACAUAUUUGGCGCCGCCAGCGAGACGUCGUCGACUACGCUGGAGUGGGUGAUGGCGGAGCUGAUGCGGAGCCCGAGCGCCAUGCGUAAGGCGCAGGACGAGGUCCGGCGAGCCCUCGCCGCCGGCGCCGCCGGCCACGACACGGUGACCGAGGACAUCCUACCCAACCUCAGCUACCUCAAGCUCGUCGUCAAGGAGACGCUCCGGCUGCACCCGCCGGCGCCGCUGCUGGCGCCGCGCCGGUGCGACAGCCCGCGCGAGGUGCUGGUGCUCGGCCACGACGUGCCGGCGGGCGCCACGGUGCUCGUGAACGCGUGGGCGAUCGGCCGGGACACGGCGGCGUGGGGCGGCGCGGCGGAGGAGUUCUCGCCGGAGAGGUUCGAGCGGUGCGAGAGGGACUUCAGGGGGGCGGACUUCGAGCUCAUCCCGUUCGGCGCCGGCCGGCGGAUGUGCCCCGGCAUGGCGUUCGGGCUGGUGCACGUCGAGCUCGCGCUCGCCGCGCUGCUGUUCCACUUCGACUGGAGCCUCCCCGGCGGCAUGGCCGCCGACGAGCUCGACAUGGCGGAGAGCUCCGGGCUCACCACGCGACGCCGGCUUCCCCUCCUCGUGGUUGCACGGCCUCAUGCCGCUCUCCCCACUAAGUACUGUAAUUAAUUAUCACCACCAUCAAAUCAUCAGAAUCUAAACCAAAAUAUCUUAAGAGUUAAGAUGAAAGCAAACCUUAACCAAAAGAUUAAUUUAUCAUCAUGCCCAUGAACAUUGGCAUCAGUAACUGUAAGUUGAUGAAUGGUUCAUAUUUGAUACAUAUUUCCUUUUGUUGACUA